AUGAAUGACUUGGGUUCCCUUCACUACUUUCUUGGGCUUGAAAUUACUUAUGCUACUGCUGGUAUCAUGGUGCAUCAAGCUAAAUAUAAUAAGGAUGUUCUUCAGCGUUUUGGUACGUUAGGUGCUAAGCCUAGCUCCACUCCUCUUGCACUCGUAGCUGCUGAUUUGGGAACUCAUUGUUAUGUUGACUAUGCUAAGAAUUAUCGGGCCUUGAUUGAGGUGUUGCAUUACUUGACUUUUAGUCGCCCUGAUAUUAUGUUUGCCGUAAGAAAACUUUCACAGCAUAUACAUAUGCCUUAUUCCUCUCAUUUAGCUACUGCCAAGAGAGUGUUGCACUACUUGGGUGGUACAGUUGGCCUUGGUUUUCUAUUUCGGAAGGGUAGUGUUGAUUUAAUUCGCCUCCAAGCUUAUAUAUUCUGA